AUGUGGUUCAAAUCAUCAUCGGUGCAGUCUGUUGAUUCAUCCCUAUCAUCCAUAGUAUCUACAACCAUUGAUGUCAAAGAAAUUCCAAUCGAACAGUGGUCGGUCAAUGACUUGGUCCUUUUUCUCGUCGAAUGCGGAAUUAAAAAAGAAGUCAUUGAAAAAAUUGCAUCUCAUCACAUCGAUGGUGCUGCUCUCUCCGAUAUUACCAUCUUACAAAAAAUAGGAAUUCCAAAAGGAACAUACAUUUCAUUGUGUAAUCGAAUCAAUGAAUUGAGACAUCAACAAAGUCAAAAACAACAACAAGAAGAUGAUCAAGAAAUGCAUAAUCUUGAAUUGGAUAUUAAAAGUUCGAUGUAUUUGGGAACUACAUCUGCUCCAUUGUCUGAAUCGUCAAACAAUCAGAAUGAAAAACUAGUAGAGAUUGGAAAAUGGGAUGUUGAAAAGUUUUCAUUUCAAAUGAAAGAGAAUCACAUGAUGUGCAUGCCAAAAGUUGAAAAAGCACUCGCGACCAGUUCUUCCUCAGAACGAGAAAUUGAAUGUCAAAAUUUAAUCAUUCCUUCCAGAUACAUGUACAAGUAUUUUAAUCCAUUAAGAAUACCUCAAAGUGAAUUGAAUUUGGCUUUAAAAAAUCAACUUCCUUUCAUGAAACUGAAAUUGGUCGUGACUGAGCUCAGUACUACUUCAGGACAUCGAUUCCUUCGAAAAUUUGGAAGUAUUUUUGGAGCAUCAAAAAAAACAACAUAUGGAAUGUUUCACACGGCGUUAAUUGUUGGACCAUGGUACAUUGAGUGGGGAGAUUCAUCCAUUGUCGUUCCACGUAGUCGAUCUUCAUCAAAAGCUGUUUUUACGAUUGAUGUUGGACGUAUUGAGGGUCACGAGAAUAUUUCACAAGCUCUCAAAGCUUUGGCCACAUUGUGUUGUCGUUGGAAUUGUCGAAAAAUGUAUCACAACGAGACUUGUAAUUGUCAACACUUUGUCGAAGAAAUAAUUUCAACCUUACAAUUAACGUCAUCAUUUGAAAAAGCAAUUAAGGGACCUAUUCGAUUAUAUUUUGACAAAUUAAAGUCCAAAGGCGUGUGUGACAUGACGUAUGAAGUUUCACAAGAUAUUCGACAAAAAAUUUUGGAACACGAACAUACCAGCGACGAUUUGAAACAAUUAUUGAAACAACAUUCUAAAAUCGAAUUCAAAACUCAUGCAAUUUUGGACGAAUUUGUACAACUAGUCAAGGAAUUAUCUCCACUUUAUUUCCAAUUUUCAGGAGAAUAUGAAUAUCAAUUAUUGAAAGGCUUCGAUCGUGCCUUUUGGUUACGACAUUCAUCAUUGAAAGCAAAUCAGACACUGCUUCGUUGCCGAGAAUGCAUCCAGAAACUAUGGUCGUUUAUGUCCAUUUAA